AUGGCUGGUUCCGAGCGCGAUAUCAACAGUCUAGGGCCCAUUUGCCGUUCAGCUUCCGGCGCAAAUGCACUCAUUAACGUCGAUGUCGAGUCUGGAGACCCGAGGCGUCGACGGCAACGUUUCGACGACGAGUCUUGCGACGUUGGUCGAGUCUCGCGGUUGUCAACGAACAAGUCUGAUGUGAAUCUUCAGCGCAGAACAGUGUCGAGACGAGGUUGUUCGACAGCGAGAAUGAUCACCGACACGGAAACGGGAAAUGCUGCUGAAGAACAUUGGUUGAAGAUAUGGAUAUCUGGGAAGUCGACGAAAGCAAAGAGGACGCAGACGGGUAAAGAAGCUGCACAGUCGACGAAAAUUGCUGGAGUGGAAAUAGUUCCCGUCCAUGACAGCAAGCGUGAAAGACGUCAAAGGCGUCAUGUCGACGGUGGUGCUGAAUACAAAAGCGCUGGUGUGACAGCGGUCGUUCGUCCUGAUUGUAAAAGCACAGCAGUGAAUACUUCCUUCCAGAAAGCUGCUGGAAACGCCGGUGGAGAUUCCCCGUGUGGAACGAAUAAACAGCGUGCCAAAUCCGAAAAAUCUCGGAAGGUUUCUCGAAACGCCUCUGCGAAAGUAGAAAAUGAUCAGCUGGAAGAGGCCUCGGGCUGGGGAUUACCGAUUCGUCUCAUGAACCAAGUCCAGGGCAUGUUCGAGUGCAUUACGUAUCCUGAGGACUUCACGCGUUGCGAGGACUUGUUGCCCAGUAUGCCGUAUGCUGACAAAGUUGAGCAAAUGUGGGACGCUUGUUGUGGUCGAGGAGGGACUGGUGCUGUGGAAUCUCCGGGGCCAGACAGUGCGCAUUCAACGAAAAUGACACUCGUCGUGACGAGGCUUCCCGUUUGUGCAAACAUGUCGAAAACAGAAGUGGAUCUGCGAAGCGGGAAAUUUCCAGAAGAUGAAUUCCAGGCGGUUAUUCCUUCAGAUUUCUAUGUGAUGGUUUACCUCCUCUUUUGUGCGAUUUUCAUUGUGAGUGGAAGGAAAAUGAUCGAGAGAAGUGUUCUAGUGAGAAGCGCAGUGGAUUUCUGUCUAGUCGCUGCUGUCGGUCUCGGCGUUCUCUUGUUUUUCGUAGCAGGUCAGCCUUACGAACGAGGAUUUUUCUGCAAUGACGUAUCCAUUCGUUACCCGUACAAAGACUCUACCAUUUCCAAUACUCUUCUGUACAUCAUCGGGCUUGUAGUGCCCACGAUAACCAUCGUUUCGUCUGAGUUUGCGAGAGCCAAAUUGCCGGUGUUAAGACGAUCUGUUAGUCGGCAGUCGAUGAGACAGUUCUUCGCGUCGUGUUACCGGUUUAUGGGGAUUUUUUUGUACGGUGCUGCUACCUCGCAGUUUUUCACCGACGUUGCCAAAUAUUCCAUUGGACGACUCAGACCACAUUUCCUUAGCAUUUGUCAGCCGGACUUCGACUGCUCGAAAACCGAUGACCCUUUCAAAUACAUCGAGGACUACAAGUGUCAAGGAAAAGACGCUUUUCGUAUCCGAGAAAGUCGCUUGUCAUUCCUCAGCGGACACGCUUCAUUCUCUUUUUACACGAUGCUGUUCUCCGCCAUCUACCUCCAGUACCGUUGGCCUUACAGGACUCCAAAAAUAGUUCGACACUUCGUCCAGUUUCUUCUUGUUGUCUUGGCUUACUACACUAGUCUUUCCCGCGUUUCGGACUACAAACACCAUCCUACUGACGUGUUUGCCGGAGCUGUGCUUGGAGUUUCUGUGGCUUUGAUGGCAACGUUGGUGGUGGGCGAUAAGUUCCGACCUCCUCGCGAUCCGGAAAAUCCCGACAGUGAAGGUAAAGUUGAGCUGGACGCGAAUCAUGGCUUGUAA